AUGACGUUCUGCCCGCAGCUCCUAGCUGCCACCUCCACAAUGGAGGCCUUUAACAAAGUCCAUUUGGACUCCACAUCCCAGACCCUCCCCUGGGAUGCAUGUGCACACACAACAGCCAAAGUCCUCCCCUUGUUGAACUGCACUCACAUAGAGGUGACCCUUCUGUUCCCCAAACAAAACUCCAACACAGCAGCGCUUAGUCGGGGGGGUUGUGAGUAUCCCCACACCCGCCUGGCGCCUCUCUCUCUGAGUAACUUUGGAAAAGGAAAGAGCCCAGCCCCUCUCCAGAAGUUUGGUUCCAGAGCCCCACGAUGUGCGUAUAGGUUGGAGAACUGUGAGUCAGAGGAAGGGGUGUUUAAAGCUUCCAGAGUCAAAACAUGUGAUCCUGACAUCAGACUGGACCCAAACACCGCAGACACAGAGUUGGGUGCAUCUGUGGAUGACACAAAGAAGCUGGUUGUAUCUGAGGACAAUGCAAAGAAGUUGGAUGCAUAUGAAGAUGAUGCAAAGCUGAUGGAGCCUCCAUCAAACUUCACACCUGACCAGCAAAUUGAAUCUACACAAGUCUCAUACAGGUUCAGGUGUCCUGGUCCAGGUGGGUUCCAGUGUACUUCAACUAGAUUGGUGUUUGUUGUGGCUCUGGAGGCGCAGCUCUUCUACAGGACUGUCCAAUGGGAUGAGAGCCAACUCCAAUCAGCUGGAAAGAUGGCUGCAGGGCCUCUGUUUGAUAUCCAGUGUCCUGAGGAUGCUGUCAGUGAGCUCCACCUCCCACACUGUGAAACAAAGGAUGCGCUGCAGGUUGAAGGCCUGCUGUCUGUCGUCCACAAGACUGAUGAUGGAACAGAAAUCUUGGAGCCAUUGGAGAUCACAGAGACUCAUGUGGUUGUGAAGGUUCCUCACCUCUCUGCCUUUGGGCUGGUCAGAGAUACAGUUAAAUGGUUACUGAGAAUGCCAGUAAACUGCAAUGUUCUGCCUUUCCUUCGACCUCCAGUUAGAGGGCCUCCAACACUCGAUGUACUUCUGCUGCCAAACAAUGUCCCUCUGCCAGAGGUUGAGGCCCAACGAAGAGGUGCUGAAUACAUGGACGUCACCCCUUCCUGUAAACUGUGCAUUGGUCAAAGUUACAGUGUCCACUGUGAACCUGAGGACUUAGAAAUACAGCCUAAGCAUGCAGAGUUUCUCCCAAAUUAUGGACCAAAUUACCUUCCAACAUUUAAGGUAUUUCUGACCUCAAACCCAGAGGAAGUGACUUUGAUGGUCCAAGACCAAGAGAGGACAGAAGUCUGGAAAUCUAAAAUCUAUUUGACAGGUCCUGAUCUAGCAGGGAUUCUGAGUGUCCCAGCAGGGACUCUGAGUGUCCCACCAGAAAAGAAGCUGAAGUCUGUUCGGACUCAGUUUAUCAGCAGAGUGUCUGAACCUGUUCUACGUAAGCUGCUGGAUAAACUCCUGGAGCGUGGGGUGAUAACUGAUGAUGAGAUGGAUUUAGCUGGAACAGCGAGCAGGGCAGACAAAGCUCGAGCGGUGAUCGACACGGUGAGAAGAAAAGGAUCAGAGGCCAGUUCAGCUCUGAUCUCUGUUCUCUGUGAGGAGGAUCGAUGCCUUUCAACAGAACUGAACUUAACGUGAAGCAGGAACAGUGUUUAUCAGGCUGUUUCUGUCUGACACCAACACAUCUGGUAGAAACCUUCAAACUCUCUAAACAUGAAUCAGAGUCACCUGCACUGUAUAGGGGUGGGAAUCUCAGGGCACCCCACGAUUUGAUUCGAUAUGAUUGUGAUUUAGAAGGCUGCAGUGCCAUGAUCUUUUAAAAUCAGUAUGUUCGCAUACUCUCAAAAUCCUACAUUUACAUUUACAUUUUUAAUCAGAUACUGUGUUUGAUGUUUUGUCAGUUCUUGUACCCUCAUCCUGAAGGAGCUAUUCUUCAUUCACAUGUAUUUUAAUGUCUCCUCCUCCGGAGGCAUUAUGUUUUCAGGUUGUCCGUCCCAUUCUCAUGAAUGCAAUAUCUCAGUAACACAUUGCGAGUUUCUUCAAAUUAGUUACAAACAUUCAUUGGACUCAAAGAUUAACUCACUAGAAAUUGAUGGUCAACAUCACUCUGACUGCACAAAACACGUUUUUGACCAUAACUCAAGGAUUCACACACAAAUGAACUGUAGGUGGACUGGUUGGUGGAGGACUGACUACUUUACAAGACAUGGAGGCUGCAUUUGUUUUCUAUUUAAAUAUAAAUUUUGAAUGAAUUAAUUCCACAUUAGCAAUCAAAACAGGUUUUCCUACAAGAGACCAAUGUAGUAUUUUUAUAUAUACUUUGAGUAAUACGUAUGUGUUACUUUCUGCUCAUCAGCUAGAAUUUUAGGGUUUAUUUUAGGGUUUAGUUUUUCAUCCCUGGGAAAAGAUCUGUUGAUGGUCAUAUUGACAUUAUACCUGCAGUGUUAUGUAAAAGACUGAGGCUGUAAACAGCAACAGUUAAACUAAAUUCACUGGCUAUUUCCUAGGUGUCUUCUUUGGAAACCAGUCUUUAUUGUAUAAUCUCUAACUACUGCCUCUGAUUUGAAUUAUUCCUAUUUUUAAUACUGUUUUUAUAGAACAUUUUAUCCUACUGAUGUAAAUUUAAUGUCUGUGAAAGGUGCUAUAGAAAUAAACUUUACUUUAUCGUGGUGAA